AUAUGGAUGUGACCAUAUUCAUCGCCUUAGUGAUCGUGAUCCUUCCUCUAACAUAUAUUUACUUAAAGAAAAAAUAUUACACAUAUUGGGCAAAACGAGGUGUGCCCUACAUUGAUCCAAAAUUUUUUUAUGGAGACGGUAUGAAAAUCCUUAAAGGUGAAAUAUCACACGCGGAACAAUACUUAGAAUUUUAUAAGCUAUUUAAAGCAAGGGGGGUCAGACAUGGAGGUAUCUACAUACUGUUUAGUCCGGUGUACAUGCCAAUAGAUCCGGAAUUAAUAAGAAAUUUUCUUCAGAAAGACUUUGAUCACUUUGUCAACCGUGGAUUUUACGUGAACGAAGAAUUUGAUCCGUUAACUGGUCACCUCUUCAACUUAGAAGGCGCUAAGUGGAAAAAUCUUCGGGCUAAAUUGACACCCACGUUUACCUCUGGUAAAAUGAAGAUGAUGUUUCAAACUCUAAAGGAAUGCUCCGUUGGUCUAGAGCAACUACUCCAUGAAUGUUCAAAAACCAGUGACCCACUGGACGUCAGAGAAAUUAUAGCACGAUUCACAACAGACACUAUCGGAUCAUGUGCGUUUGGUAUAGAAUGCAACAGCAUGAAAAAUCCUGACGCCGAAUUCAAAAAAUACGGCAAAAGGAUCUUCGAAGUCAGUAAUUCUAACAUGUUGAAACAAAUUAUUGCCUGCUUUCUUCCCAUGUCAAUCGUUAAAAGAUACUUCAAAUUCAUAGAUCAGGAAGUAGAAACCUUUUUCGUAAACGCUGUAAGAGAUACGCUUGCAUACAGAGAAAAGAACAAUAUUUUAAGAAACGAUUUUCUUCAUUUGUUGACAACGUUAAAAAAUGAAGGUAAUGAAAGUGACAGCAUCGAAAACAGCAAACCUUUCCUAUCCCUAAAUGAGAUUACUGCGCAGUGUUUUGUAUUCUUUGCGGCAGGAUUUGAAACAUCGAGUACCACAACAACUUUUGCUUUAUACGAAUUGUCUGUCAAUCCAGAGAUUCAAGAAAAACUUAGGGAAGAAAUACUAUUCACAUUAGAAAAACACGGUAAUGAAGUGACAUACGAAUCUAUUGGAGAAAUGACUUACUUAGAAAAAGUUAUUAACGAGGUUUUACGCAAAUACCCACCAGUUCCAAUACUACACCGCCGGUCUAACAAAAGUUAUAAUGUCCCUGACACGAAUGUGGUCAUAGAAGAAAAAAGACCAGUGCACAUACCUGUUAUAGGACUUCAUUAUGAUCCAGAUUAUUAUCCUGAUCCCGAGGUAUUUGAUCCGGAAAGAUUUAAUGAAGAAAACAAAGCCAAAAGACCGGCGUUUACAUACCUUCCUUUUGGAGAUGGACCAAGGAUAUGCAUAGGUUUAAGAUUUGGAAAACUACAAACCAAAUUGGCGCUUAUCACAAUAUUAAGAUAUUACAAUGUAGCUUUGAACGAAAAGACGAAAACUCCGUUGCAACUGGACAAAACGACUUUUAUAUUAAGUGUAGAAGGUGGUGUAUGGCUAAACCUUUUAAAACUGUAGUAAUUCACGUAACGUAAUUUAUUAUUUGUCUCGUUAUUUGUCAAUGCAAUUUGAGAUAUCUAGAAUUUUGUCUACCUGAAUUUUAUUAUGUAGGUAUGUUUCUGUUAAAUAAAA